AUGUCCAUCAUCGCAAAAAGCACUACCAGAGCUUCGGCGGCGCCCGCACGAGAACGGCUCAACAUCCGUUUCCCGCAGCGAGGAACGAAAGACGUCCCCCAAGACGACGAAUGGGGCGAGCUCGCCCAGGGCGAGCACGUCACCCGUAUCCGCUUCCACGACUACGCCCAGGCCUUCAGUAUUCCAGGGUUGUACAACCAGCUGUUCGGCGGUCUAGAUUCGGAGACGAAGUGCAUUUCGCUGCAGGUCGUAGCUGGCCUCCUGCGCGACCAGCUUUCCCUUGUCCUCCCUGGUAACAACUCCCGAGACCGGGGCCAGCAUGAAGGCAAGCCAAAGCUGCGUGUCCGGGACCUCGCUUCCAAGAAGAACUGCCAUCAUGAUUUUUUACCUUUAUUUGAGUUGACAGGCAUUUCUGCAGCAACUUGCAACUGUUUUUACGAAAAGAAAUAUAGUUGUGGAUAUGUCAACCCUCAUGAUGACAUGCAUCUAUUCUAA